AUGGCUUCCGGCUACGAUAGAGCAUUGUCUGUCUUCAGUCCCGAUGGACACGUCUUCCAGGUCGAAUAUGCCGGUGAGGCCGUCAAGCGAGGAACGUGUGCGGUCGGCGUCAAGGGCACCGAUGUUGUCGUUCUCGGAUGCGAAAAGCGAUCAGCCAUGAAGCUGCAAGACACCCGAAUCACCCCGUCCAAGAUCCAGCUCCUCGACACCCACGUCUGCCUGGCCUUCGCUGGCUUGAACGCCGAUGCCCGCAUCCUUGUCGACAAGGCGCGGUUAGAGGCUCAGUCCCACAGACUCACUGUCGAAGACCCCGCCUCGAUCGAGUACAUGACCAAGUACGUCGCUGGUGUCCAGCAACGGUACACGCAGAGCGGUGGUGUCCGGCCAUUCGGCAUCAGCACCUUGAUUGUCGGCUUCGACAGCGGCAGCAAGGUUCCCCGCCUUUACCAGACUGAGCCUUCUGGCAUCUACUCGGCAUGGAAAGCCAACGCCAUUGGCCGUUCAAGCAAGACAGUUCGCGAAUUCCUCGAGCGCAACUACAAGGAGGACAUGGACAGGGAGGCUACCAUCCGCCUGGCUAUCAAGUCUCUCCUCGAAGUUGUCCAGACUGGAGCCAAGAACAUCGAGAUUGCUCUGAUGGCUCCGGGAAAGACAAUCGAGAUGCUCCCGGUAGAGGAGAUUGAGAACUACGUCAAGAACAUCGAGCAGGAGAAGCAAGAGGAGGCGGCCAAGAAGAAGACGGGCCGGACGCCAGGAACCGGAAGCGCGGCCAUCCUGACGAGAGGCUCCGGUGACGGUGACGAGUAA